AUGGCGUCCAAGCUGCCCCAGACAUCUAGCAAGCCCGCGAAAAGUUCAAAAGUCCCAUCGUCGGUGAAGAAGUCCAAACGUGGCCCAUCCAAGCAAGCUAUACCGGCGUCGGAAAGGUUGAAACGGCUGUUCACAUCACUCUGCGCCCAAAUCGACGGCGGUCAUUUCAGCAACGCCAUCAAGACUUGCGACAAAAUCUUGCGGCUGGAGCCCGCUGACCCCGACGCGCGGCAGACAAAGUUGUUCUUGCUACUCCAAACUGAACAGUACGACGCGGCCUUGGAACUCAUCAAAUCUGGAAAGGAUGAAAACCAAUACGCCUUCGAGCGCACGUACUCACUUUACCGCUUACAACGGGAGGUAGAGGCUGUGGAGCUGCUGGAGUCUCUAGAGGAAGGGGGACAUCGAGGCGUGGUCCAUCUAGAAGCUCAACUGAACUAUCGCCAAGGAUCAUAUCAGGCCGCGUGCGAUUUAUAUUCGCAGCUACUAGAUACCUCUGAUCCACACUCCGAAGAACAUUCCGAUGUGCUAACGAACUUGCAGGCGUCACAAAUCCACCUUGACUUCAUUAAUGCAGUCUUUCUGCACGUGCUGGGCACAUUGCCAUCCUCGCUGGCCAAUUCUCUCGAGUCCUCCCCACCCCCGUCACAACUGGCGCAAUCGAUCAAGGUUUCUACCCCAUCGACCUCGAUGGAAUCACCCGACGUCCAUGUCAAAGAUGUUCCCAAGAAGCCUAGAAGGUCUCGGGUCCCAGUUGGCGUUGUCCCUGGCGUGACGCCUCCCCCCGAUCCAGAGCGAUGGCUCAAGAAGAGCGAGAGAUCGACUUUCUUCCAAGGUCGUCGCAGAAAGACCGGGGCAGGCGGAGCAACUUAA